AUGUGGAAAUACUUGUCAAUGUGGGAAUGUUUGUCAAUGUGGGAAUGUUUGUCAAUGUGGGAAUGUUUGUCAAUGUGGGAAUGUUUGUCAAUGUGGGAAUGUUUGUCAAUGUGGGAAUGUUUGUCAAUGUGGGAAUGUUUGUCAAUGUGGGAAUGUUUGUCAAUGUGGGAAUGUUUGUCAAUGUGGGAAUGUUUGUCAAUGUGGGACUGUUUGUCAAUGUGGGACUGUUUGUCAGUGUGGGAAUGUUUGUCAAUGUGGGAAUGUUUGUCAAUGUGGGAAUGUUUGUCAAUGUGGGACUGUUUGUCAAUGUGGGACUGUUUGUCAGUGUGGGAAUGUUUGUCAAUGUGGGAAUGUUUGUCAAUGUGGGAAUGUUUGUCAAUGUGGGAAUGUUCUCCCUGCAACUGA